UAAAGAUAUUUGUGCAAAAUUUAUGAGAGGGGCACCUAUACGACUGCACUAGUUUUCUUCCCAAAAUAAUAAUUAUCCUCUCUCCACAGGGAAUACACGUUCCUGAAAUUUGCGGCGCAUACUAUGCUCUUUCUCUCUCUAAAAUCUAAGCAUUAUCCGCCCUUUGUAUUUCUAGAAAAUGAAAUAAAAAAGGAAAAACCACCGAAAAUUAUCCUCUCUUUUAUUCGAUGCCCUAGUUUCUGUUCUCCGAAUCCCGCAAAAUAGGCCAUCGACUUCUGAAUAAUUCGCAAUCUCGACAUCUUUGAGUUUUCUUGGGCGCCAAAAUUUUCCGGCGAGUUUUGCUGGAAUCUGACGGGAAUUUGCCGGAAACCCAAAUUCCAGCCGCUUCUGUGCCGUGAAAAGGUGAACAAACAGAAGGCUUUGCUUCUACUUCAUUUUUUUCGGCGAUUGUUUUUUUUGACAAUAUUUUUCCUGGGAAUUUUGCACGUCCAUGGGAGGUUCUUUCGAAUUUUUUAUGCUUCUUGUUCUCUGAUGGACCACAAGAACUUCUAUAGUAGCGGGUUGCAUUCUUAGUGGUAACUAUUCUAUUCAGAACCCUGGUUAACUUGUUCCCUAUAACAUGCCAUGGGAACAGGUUCUGACCUAUCCAAACAAAACGGCAAGGGGGUUAAAAGAACGGGACACUGCUCUGGAACUAUGAGGAUCCCUCUAAUGACAUUACAUCGAGGAGGAGCCUUGCCCGAUAUGGAGUCGCAAAUUCAUUAUUUGGAGACGGAGGCAUAUAGUGCUGUUUUGAAGGCUUUCAUUGCUCAGUCUGAUUCUCUCUCAUGGGGAAAAGAAGGGCUUAUAACUGAGCUGAGGAGGGAACUCAGGGUUUCAGAUGUUGAACACAGAGAACUCCUUGGGAGAAUCGAUUCAGAUGAGACUAUUAGGAGGAUAAGGGAUUGGCGUGAAGGUGGUACCAAGGAGCCUGGUGCGCUAGGGCAAAGGGUUACAUUCAAGAAGAGACCUGCAUCAUCUUCCGCAGAACAACUUCACCAAACUCAGUCUUUGAUGCUUACUGAUCCUUCCCAUCGUGGAGCUAUUCCUUCUCCAUUUACCGUACCUGAUGUGAAGAACGGGAGACAUGGGGGUGACAUGGUCCUUAAAAGGCACGAUAGGAUCGAGAUACGUCAGACUGAUAGGCUUAUCUAUGAGAUCGAGAGGGUGUGUGGAGUAGCUAAUCCUGAUCCAGUUCAAGUAGAGAAGGCAAAGUUGAUCCUCAGGGAACAUGAGCUCUCACUUCUUGCAGCAAUCGCCAAACUCGAUGAUCUGUCGGAUGGGGUUAACACGCCCGGCCGAGGUCCAGCUAACCAAGAAGAAGAAGAGGAUGGAGAUGAAGAAGGCUCAUGACAUCUUGGAAAUGCAAGCAGUGCUCUCACUAAUUCUCUCUCUUGCUAAUCCUUCUGAUCUAACCAUUGGUUGAUGUAGAAAUGUGCUAGUGUUAACGGUUGCUGUAGGGGAAAUGGGAAACAUACUCCAUAAUUAUUUUUUGGGGGUUUGGUGUACAGGAGUAUAUAGCUUACAUCUGCUGUUUAUUAUCGUGGCACGGUUUGAUCGGUUUGUUUAUCAUGGUUUUGGGGAUUUUUCAUUAGAAUUUUGUUGUACAGGGAUUGUCUUUUGUUCAUGCUGAAUGUCACCAUGGGUAGUUAUCAGUUUCUUUUAA